AUGGAUAGAGAGAUCCUAAGACACAGAGUAUUGGUAACCAUCAGCAAAUCAUCGCUCUUCAGAUUUGUCGAAAAUGUUUUGGAAGAAGGCAAGAUAGCUGCAAUUGCAAGAAACAUCUCGGAAUAUUUAUUAAACAGCAAGUACAGCAAGGAAAGGGCUCUUGGACACAUAUCGGACUAUUUAGAAGAAGAGCUCGAGAAUUCUGGAAUAGAUAUAGAAGAUGGCGUCGACGGCGUAGCACUUGCCGUUCUAUUCGUGUAUGAAGAACUCCUCGAAAACGAGUCGAAGUUCUUUUCAAAGAUCCAAGAGAAGUCAACUCAGGUAACUCCCCUCUCUGAUUCAGAGGAAGAAUGA